AGACCGUGUCUGUCUGUCCAUUGUGAACAUCACAUGAGCUACAAGAUGAUGGGGUUGUUGUGCGAAUCGCCGGUCAUCCGCUAUGAGCCAGUUAGGAAUCGCCAAGAGCGACGACUAAUGUGAAUGAAAGCAGAGAAAGAAGAACUUACCAACAAAUUGGAUUGAAAAGAAACUUAACACAAUUUAAAUCUUUAAAAAAUUAGAAGAAAACAGGCUAAAAUAUAAGAUUUACAUAAGAAGCUUUAAUAAAACCAGCUUUUAUUAGUGAAAACUGAAAUGAAAAAUAUGUUCUGUUAAUGUGACAAAUCAAAAUAAAAAAAUGUGUUGAUUGUGAUGUUGUUAAUAUUUUAAUAGUGAUGAUUUCUUUUGGAAGUAAUUUCAUUUAAAAUCCAUUUGAAAGGUGAAUUGAGUCAAGGAGAUUCCGGUAAAAUGGGAGGAUCCCGGUAGAAUUCCGAUUGGUUCCCGCAGGUGCGCGGUACAAAUUUUGGUCCAGAACUAGUCCGGGACUUGGCCGUAAGGACCUCCUACCUUUUUAUUGAGAUGGAAGCGAACUACGUCCCCAACAACCCCCAGUUCGGGCUCCAGGUGGAGUGCAACUGGACCUCUUCCGUGCCCCAGUGCCAAAGUUCCUGUUCGGCCCAGUCCUGCCAGGACGAACUUUCGUCCUGCUGGACCGAGGAUAUGGGAUCAUUUUCUUUACCCCUCGAUUUGGAACCUUUACCGUCGUUAUUUCCAUUUUCACCCUGUUCAAACGGACAAAAUUCCACAUACAAAUGGGAUAAUUUUUGUUGUAGAAACGAUCCUUGUCAAAUUAAUCAGCCGAAUUUAAAUCCCAGGCAACAACCCGCCGAUAUGGCGGACGUACUUUUAUCGUUAAAACACGCUGUUGUCCAUCCCGGUCAACAAUUACCCAGUGAUAAACUCGAUCAACACGGAUUGUACACUUCUCAGUAUUUAUUAUCGCCUAAUGGAUAUUCAACACAGAACACCGAUCAAGGAUUAACGCAUCAAACCGCUAUGUUUCCUAGUAUGUCUGUUAAUGUUUCAAUGAAUAUGACUAUGGGUUAUCAUCCUAACUCAAGUUAUCCAAGUGUUGAUAUGACUUGUCCACAGGUACAAUGGAGCGCAAACCCUCAAGUUUCUUCCCCGGUUUCAUACCAAUCCCAAGGAUUACUAAGUCCUUCGUAUGGAGGUACUUAUUCCUUCACGGCCGAUUUCAGACCUCAACAAGAACCUCAAAUGUUCACAACAACGCAUCACAAACCAACAGCUUUUCAAUCGCCCAGAAGAAGACAUAGUAUAGUUCCUGAAGAUGAUCCUCAAAAACCAAACGUUUGUAAUAUUUGUGGUAAAAGUUACGCUAGACCAAGUACAUUAAAAACACAUUUACGAACACAUUCCGGUGAAAAACCAUACCGUUGUAUAGAUUGUAAUAAAAGUUUCUCUCAAGCGGCUAAUUUAACGGCACACGUACGAACACAUAGUGGUGAAAAACCAUUUAGGUGUCCAGUUUGCGAUAGAAGAUUUUCGCAAUCCUCAUCGGUGACCACGCACAUGAGAACGCAUUCGGGGGAGAGACCAUACAGGUGUCGACAAUGUCGUAAGGCAUUUUCCGAUAGUAGUACAUUAACUAAACAUUUACGAAUUCACAGUGGGGAGAAACCGUACGAGUGCAAAUUGUGCCUAUUGAGAUUCUCUCAAAGUGGAAAUUUAAAUAGGCAUAUGAGAGUUCAUGGAACCAAUGGGAUGAAUACAUGACCAUUGUUUUAUAGAUGAAAUAAAAAAUUAGAUGCAUUUUAAGAUUUAAAGAAAUUUUAAUACAACGACGAAUUUGAUGUGUCCUAAUCGAAUCAUCAGAGAGAAAUUGAUGUGUUAUGUGUUGAAGACAAAUUAAUAACCAAAGAUACUAAUUUUUUUUUGAACUUGAUAAGUAUUGAGAUGAGCUAGUCAUUUUUUAUUAUAAUUUUUUUUGUACAUAUAUUAAUAUGUAUAAGGCGAUU